AUUUCUUCUCUAUUACAUUUGAACCCGGAUCCUGUUCGUACCGCGAAUUGGAUCGGACGAACCAAAACGAAAAUCGUAUGUGACUAUGCUUUGGAUCAUUUGGAAUUGCAUCUUUGCUUUCUGAUUAGGGUUUAUCAAUUUGAUUGAUAGAAAGGUUUAUUUAUUUAUGCAUCUUUUCUGAUUAGGGUUUAUCAAUUUGAUUGAUACAAGGUUUUUUUUUUUUUUUUUUGCGUGUGUGUGUCACUUUUUUUGGGAUUAUUUGGAAAUGCAUUUUUACUUUCUGAUUAGGGUUUAUCAAUUUGAUUGAUAGAAGGGUUUUUAUUUUUAUUUUUUUUGGGAUUAUUUGGAAAUGCAUCUUUACUUUCUGAUUCAACUAAUCUUUGUGUUGGGUUCAAUGAUGUGUUUUUAAGUUGCCAUUGGAUGGGAUAGACGUUUUGAAUGUGUAUAUGCUUAGUGGAUUUUGAAAAUGCAAAUAGGGAUCUAGUCAUGUUCAGUGUAUCGUCCAUUUGUGAGCUUGCAUAAUCUUUAUAUCAUCUAUAAACUAAUUCAAGAUUGUAAAAAAUCAACUUUUCGACGGCUUCAUUGGACAUGUGUGUGCAUUCAGAAGGGGUGUGAAUAGUCUUAUAGGCCGUUAAAGCUGACUGAGUUGUCUAAAUCGAAGAAAAUUGGCAGGUAUGAAUUUUUGAGAACACAAACCGCAAAGUGUAGACUUAACCAUAAUCGAGAAACAUGCGAUCACUCACCCGUGUGAUAUCCCAGUUGUCCACAAAUUCAAGAGCCACACAGUUAAAAACCGUCACAAAAUCAGUAGCUUAUAAUUUUCUCUCGAGCAGUCGGUUUCUGUCAACUAAAGGCGGAAAUGAUGGUGAAGUCGAUUGGGGGUCUGAAUCCACAUGGUCAAGCGGGCUCACCAAAGACCAUUUUGACGGGGAGGUUGUAGGAAAAAAAGUUAGUGACAUUGCCGACGGGGUUUCUGGCGGGGCUGCUGGCGGUGCGGCUGGCAGUGCUGGUGGAGGAGGGGCGGCAUUGGUUUCAUCUCAUGAGGAUGAUUUAGCCAAUAUAAGGAAAUUGGCGGCUGCAGCUUCACGUAAAGACGGUGAAUUUGCGAGCAAAUGGAAGGACCGGAUGCGUGAGACUAACGUGUUGAUGAAGCAGGUACUUGAGCCCGGGGCACGAGGGGCGUAUCUGAAGGAUUCCGAGAAGGCGGAAAUGUACCGGCUUCAUAAGGAGAAUCCGGAAGUUUACACUGUAGAAAAGCUGGCGAAAGACUAUAGGAUUAUGAGACAGAGGGUACAUGCUAUAUUAUGGCUCAAGGAAGAUGAAGAGAAAAUGGAGAAGAAACUCGGACACCCGUUGGAUGAUUCUGUCGAGCAGUUGCUUGACAAUUUCCCCGAAUUUUUCGAGUGGCAUGAUAGGGAAUUUCACGUUGCGACUUUACCAUACAAACCGGAUUUCAAAGUGAUGCCGGAAGGUUGGGACGGGACCAUCAAAGACCCUGAUGAAGUGCUGUACGAGAUAUCGAUGAAAGAAGAUGAGAUAUUGUAUCAGGAGUUUCUCGAGCGAUUCAACUUCAACAAGAUGAAGAUCGAAGGGAAAGUCAAAGUCCAUAAAUACAGCAGAAGACGCCCAUCAGAGGGAUGGGAAAUCACGGUUGAAAAAAUGGGGCCUCGUGGGAAGCGUGGGGACGGUGGUGGUUGGAAGUUUAAGAGUCUAGCCGACGGGUCCACCCGUCCACUCAACGACUAUGAGAAGAUGUUUGUAAAGCGAGAGAAGCCUCGCAGGCGACGCAAAAUUCUACACCCAAAAUAAAACUGACAGAUGGGUGGUGUUGUUUUUGUUGUCUAGACAGUUUUAUACCUUGAUCAAUAAUUUGGUUCUUUUUGUUUUUGUCAAACCUAGUGGGACCCAUCAUCAUGAAUGUUUUAUUUUUUGCAAUAGUUUGUUAAUUCAUGGAUUAAUGUUGUGCCAUGGGUGAAAAAACAUUUGAGCAAAACUAUGUUAUGUGGUUGGUAUGAUGAAAACUUAAAUGAAAAAGAAACAUGUUUGUUUG